GUGCGCACUGCUUCACAGUUACAUAUCCUAUCACUUUACAUUGCCAACCCAACUCUCCCUAGAAUCUUGCGCACUUUCCUACUUCCACUUUUCUCACUCUUUCUUUACUCUUCUUCUUCAAAAAGCAAACCCCGUUCCUAUCUUCCCUUGCUUUCCUUCAAUUUCCCUUCUCCUUCAGUUUCAGAAACGAGAAAAUGCCAAUCAAUAAAGACCCUUCAACACCGCCUCCCAUGAUCGGCAAAAUUGGGCCCUACACUGUGUUCAUGACCCCACCUUCCACUCCUAGUCCUAAGCUUCCUCCCCCUACUACUUCUAACGAACCCACAUUACCUGUCUUUGAUUCACCUAAGAAGGUUGUUUCACCUCCUCCUCGACAAAUUGACAAGUCUGUUUAUUCUCAACAAGUCUCAGAUGGGUCUGUUCUUGGCUUCUUCAAAAAUGCUGUCAACAAAGUUCAAAAUGCACAUUCAAGCCUCGAUGACCAUUUGGCAAGGUGGCUUGGUUUAAAUCAAUCAAAGUAUCAGUGGGCUUUGGAUGAUUACUAUGAAACCAAGGGCUUGAAAAAGGAAGGUGCAAAAGCUGAAGAAAUAUCUAGCAAAAUACAGAGAGUGUAGCAUGGUUUGUCUGAUUUUACAUUAAAAACCCGCGAUGAAUCUCCUUUACAUAGCAUAUCCAUAUAGAAGGUAAUGGGAUAGCAGAAAUGCAUCUGGAUGCUUGAAGGGACCCUUGUGCAAGUUUUUGGGAUAUGCUCUUUUGAAUUCUCUACUUGCUGCAGCAGCUUACCGGAAAUUGGUUGUGCACUAGGCUGUGAAAUAUGUAAUCUCACAAAAUUUUCAUGCCCCAAUAUUUGUCAUGUACUCUGUUGAUCUGCAAUCUAAUAACAGUACUAUCAAGUUUCAAGGAUA